AGAAAAUAAUAACUCCUCCGAAACCGGUGCUUAAGUUGUGUGACCACUGUUUACUUGACAAUAUUCUUACAACAGAUAUUUUGCUCUCCCACUAAAUUUUCCAAGGGGCGCGUUUGGUCGACAGCCGCAGGCGAGCCUGGCUCAGGCCCUCCCGUAUGCUUGUCUUGAAAGGCAUAUAGAGAUUAAGGAAUGGAACAUGUAUGUGCGCGACUUACCUCGUAACGAGCGUCAAAACGUCGAUGUGGAAAUGUUUCCGCUCCAAGCCGCCCAAACGGCGUCCCUCAGGCGCCGCUUGGGGCGCAGUGAAGGAAGUUUGUAGCUCGGACUUACCUCCAGGAAUUUCUGGAGUUGCGGCGCAAUUUGACACGACGUCGGCUCUUCCGUCGGCCGUUCUAACGCAACCUGCAAAAUGGCAAUUCGAGUUGCUAUGGAGCAACCAUGGAAGCACGGCCUUAGACUUCUGGGGCCAGCUGUUGGAGGGCAACCCAACAGCCAUGGCACGCAUCUUCGAGCAGGAACAGGCGCAGCAAUUUGGGAACCCUGUCUCUGUGGUGUGCUCAUUGCCCCCUGCUGCGCAAGCACUGCCGGGCUUCGCGGCCUUCGCUGGCGGCCCGCGGGUGACCGUGGAGGCAACGCCUUGCUCAGUGCCCGACGCAGUCACCGGCGCGGCCCGCCCGGCAAUGCUGCUCGUUUGCCGCGCGUCGCUCCUUUCAGCCGGCGCAGCAGCCCAUCCGCCUCCACAUCCUAACAGCCCGGCGCCUCCUCCCACCAGCGUGGGCGUGGCAGCGCCCUUCCCCGCGGGCGCCGUCUCCGCCGCCGCCGUGGCGGCCGCCGCCGCCGCCGCCGCCGUGGGCCACUACGACGCCGACACCGGCGCCCUGACGCCGGCGGCGCAGCGGCAGCGCGACUCCAUGGUUGCGGCCCACCUGCCCGCCAUCAUCACCGUCUUCACGACCGACGGCCGAGUGCUUCACCAGAACCCAGCCAGUGAGGUCUACAUGGGCGGAAUCAUUCCGCCCACAGCGCGGCCGUACACGCCGCAGCUGCAGCCGCCUGCGGCGCCGCCGCAGGUGCACCCCUUCUCCAUGCCGCCGCUGAAAGACGCGGGUGCCGGGGCGGGGGCGCAGGCACUGACUUGGUCCCCGGGCCUUUACCACAACCGGGCGAUGGCGGCUGCAUCACUAGGCGUGGAGCCGACUGCGCAGGCGGCGGCGGCAGGUGACGCCGCCUCACCGCGGGGCGCCGCCACCACCGGCGGCCGCUCCGGCAACCGCCCGCUGUCCAAGGCCGUGGCGGCAGCUAAGGCGGCGGCCCUGGCGGGUGGCGGGCUCCCUCGGGCAGCGAGCAGCAGCGCUCUGGGCUUCGCCAGCCGGCAGCAACAGCUGCUGCAGCAGCAGCCGCAGCAGAUCAAGAGCAUGGACUGGGCGGCGGCGCCGGUAGCCACGCGUGCUCUUGCUUCCGCUUCUGCAGCUGCAGCAGGCGGCAGCGACACAACGGGCGCAGCGGCUGGCGCGGCUGGUGUUGCUGCCAGCGGCGGCCGCGGCGGCGGCGGCGGUGAGGAGGUGUGGUUCGGGCACGGCGUGUUGGGGCUGCUGUUCAAGUACGAGCCGGCCAAGCUGCAGCAACUGCUGGAGGUGCUGCUGGGUAGGGGCUCCGUGUGGCAAGGCAUCCUGCGGGUGCCGAGCACCGCCACCAUCAUGCAGCACCUGCAGCAGCAGCCCGCAGCCGCCGCGGCGGCCGGCACCGCGAUUGUGAUCUCGGCAGCUGCGGCCGCGGCAUCUGCGGCAGCGGCGGCGAACGGCGCUACGCCGUCUGGCAGCCAGCCCCGCAACCCCAGCGGCAUGACCGCCGCCACCAAUGCGGCGUCCGGCACCGGGUCCGGCUGUCUCAACCCCUUGGUCAACAGCCCCCACCCUCAGCCACAGCCACAGCCACAGCAGCAACAACAGCAACAGCAACAUGCCGGCGGCGCCGGUGCAGGGUCUGCGGCCAGCGGCGGCGCUGGCGUGGGCGUGAGCGCUGGCGGCGGCGGCGGCGGCGCUGCCACCGCUGACGCCACCAGCUCGCCUGCUGGCAGUCAGGCUGUGAGCGGCAGCCGCGGCAAGGUCCGCGCCCUGCGGUCCGGCGGCAGCAGCUCCGCGCUGCAGCAGCUGCGCUCAGUGCUGUCCGGCAGGCGGGCUGGUAGCGGCGGCGGUAACGGAGGCAGCGGUACUGGCGGCGGCGGCGGCGGCGGCACGCGCGGCAGCAUGGAGGCGGCGCCCUUCCCUGUGGCUGUGUCUCAGGUGCUGCAGGCCGCGGACGUGCCCACCCUGGCCGAGGCCGGGCCGCCGGAGCCGCCACUGCACCACCACCACCAUCAAUUGCAGCAGCAGCAGCAGCAGCAGCAGCAGCAGCAGCACCCCACGCUGGAAAUGACGGCGGGCGGCAGCGGCGUGGCUGGCAGAGGUGUGGCGGAGGCAGAGGCGCCGCAACUGGGCAGCACGUUCGGCGCCGCUAGUGCUGGGCCGGCGUCGGGCAGCGUCGGGCCGGGGCCGCUGCUGCCGGGCGCGGGCGGCAGCCGCGGCGCGUUGUUACAGUCGGGGGGCGCGGGCAGCGGCACCGGAAGUGGUGAGGGCAUGGGCACGGGCAUGGGCAUGGGUAGUAUGUUUGGGAUGGGGCCGCCGGGUGGCGCCGCCACUGCGGGCGGCUACGCCCACCCGCCCUCCAUGACGCUGGAUGAUGCCGACCCACUGGCGACGUCCACCUGGACCAUCAUCGCCGACCGCACCUCCAAGCCGCACCUGCGCGGUAUGGCCUCACUGCGCAGCCUGGGCGCCGCCGGUCUGUCCAUCGGCCCCGGCGGCGCCGCCAUGAUGCCAGGGGCCGGCGGCGGCGGCGGCGGCGGUGGCGGCGGUGGCGGCGUCCUGAGCGGCAUGGGCAUGGGCAUGGGCAUGGGCGUGGUGGGCCGCAACCGCACCAAGCGCAUGUCCACGCACACGGGCACGGCUGCGGCGGCGGCGGCGGCGGGGGAGGAGCUGGCGGCUCUGGGGCUGGCGCGGCGGUGGGGCAGCGCCACUGCACUGGCGCCGCCGGACCUGGGGUCGGUGGCGGAGAUGCGCAAGUCGCGGUCACACGAGGACGCAGCCAACCCCAACUGCAGCCUGGCUGGGGGCCUCAUAAGCGCCAACGGCGGCUGGGGCGGCGGCGGCGGCGGCGCGGCGCCGGUGGUGCACGCAGCGCCGGGUGUGAGUGGGGCUGUGGAUGGGAAGGUGGCGGCGGCGCCGGCGGACGCGGGCGCAUUAGCGGACGCUGCCGGUGUUGCAGUCGGCGUUGGCGCAACUGGCGGUGGCGGCGGCUAUGGCGGCGGCGGCGGCAUGGCGCCGCCCGCGUCGACGCCGCGUGCGAGUAGCCAGACCCGGCGCGUGACGCAUCUGCAGGCCUCGGGUAGCGGCGUUAUGAACGCGAGUGCUGGCGCGAUCGGUGCGGCCGCUGGCGGGGGUGGCGCAGGCGGCGCGGGCUCCGGCAUGGGCACGGGGGGCGGCGGCCCCGUGUCACGUGUGCUGUUGUUUGCCUCCACGCUCAAGAGCGCGCCGUUCCCGACCUCACAAGGCAACUCGGGGGGGAAGGAGCUGCCGGCGGCGGCGGCGGCGACGGCGGCGGCGGCGCAGCCCGCCACCUCGGCGGCGGCGCCGUUGACGACGCGGGAGGUGGUGGCGGUGCGCGGUGACCAGGCGUCAGGGGUGUCGCUGGCGGCAGAUGCCACGCCCGCCGACACGGUGCCGGCGCUGGACGCGGCGGCGGCGGCGGCGGCGGCGGCGGCGGCGGCGCGCGAGCGCACGCUGCGGGUGGGGCUUGCAGCCGCGGCGGCCGAGGAGGCGGCGGCGGCGGCGGCACACGGGUCGCUGGUGGAUGCCGAGCCGUACGCGGAGGCGGUACAGGGCUAUCACGGGCGGCGGAGGGUGCCGCUGACGGAGGGCGCGGCGCCGUGGGCGCAGAGGGCGGCGCAGCCGCCGCUUCCGUCGCCGUCGCAGGACGCCCAGCAGCAGCAGCAGCAGCAGCAGCAGCAGCAGCAGCCAGGACCGCGCCAGCCGUCGUCGCCGGCGCAGCAUGCGCAGCCGCCGGUGCCGCCGGCGGCCGCCCUGUCGCCGGUGGCUGCGGCCUCCAGCCCCGCCGCCGCCGGGGCCCCCUCUACAGGGGCGCUGGCGUGGACGUCAGGUGGACCUGGCGCUGUAGCGGCAGCGGCGGCGGCGGCGGCGGCUGCCCUGCCGCCUCCGGACGUGUGGCACGAGGUGUCGGCUGUGAGUGCGGUGGACCCGGUGACGGGAGACCCGGUCAUUGUGCUGACGCAGGUUGACGUGACCGCCAAGGUGCGGGCUGAGCGGCACCUUGUGCACGUCAUGUGUGCGGAGCGCCGACUGCUGCUGCAGCUGUUCCCACGACACGUGCUGCAGCAUGUGGUGGAGGUGAACCCGCUGCUGCACAGCGGGGACGCGGGUCUGGAGGCGCUGCCGAAGGAGUGGCUGGACGGCGGCGACUGGCGGCCUGUGCUGAGGGACUGCGACAAGCUGGCCACCAUGCACCCGCAGGCCACGGUGCUGUUCGCCGACAUCGCCGGCUUCGACGACAUAUGCAUGGAGCUGCCGCCGCAGCAGGUGCUGGCCUUCCUGAACGACCUGUUUGCCAAGUUCGACAACUCCAUCGAGCCCUUCGGAGUGCACAAGAUGGAGACCAUUGGCGGUUUGUUCAUUGUGGCGGGUGGGCUGCUGCGCGAGGAGGAGGACGGUGCGGUGGCGGUGCGGGAGCGCUGGGACCCGCUGCACGCGGAGAAGGUGUUCAUGUUUGCCAAGUCCAUGUUGGCUGUGGCCGCCCGGACCAAACUGCCGGUGGGCGAUGAGCGCGUGAAGCUGCGCAUCGGCAUCCACACCGGCCCCGUCAUGUCCGGCAUCGUGGGCACACGUGUGCCGCGGUUCGUGCUGUUCGGCGACACCGUCAACACCGCCAGCCGCAUGCAGACCACGUGCACGCCGGGCACUGUGCACGUGAGCGAGGACACGCGCGCGCUGCUGCCGCACGGCAACGACAACUGGACGGCCACUGGUGGCGUCAUGAUCAAGGGCAAGGGCCUGCUCAACACGUACGUGUGGACGCCAGAGGACUUGCCGCACUACCUCCUGCCGCCGCCCGGGUCCGCCCGCUCCGGCUUCACAACCACCACCUCCCAAAGCAGCCCAGGCGGCACCGCCACCGCCGCCGUGGUGGCCCUGCGCGCCGGCGCCGCCGCUGCCGUCGCGGCAGCCGCCAAUGACAGCGUCAUCAACGGGACCUGCUCCAACCACGCCGCUGACGGCCACAGCCCCCAGGACAACACCAACACCAACGCCGACGGCGCGGCUGCCGGCGGCCGGCCCACUCCCGGCCGGUCACGCAACGCCGCCCGGGCCGGCGCCAGGGAGGGCGCCGGGGACGGCCUGACGGGUUCGUGUGAAAAUGCGGCGGGGCUGGGUGAGGAGGACGCUCAGGCCUCCGCUGCCGCCGCCAUCGCGGCGCUGGCGGAGGCCUCGCGGACCGACAGCAGCGGCAUGGGCGGGUACGGCGACGCAGGCGACUCGGGCGCGGGAGGAGUCGGUGGUGCCGGCGGCGGCAGCCGCCAUACCGGCGGCGGGGGGCGUGCCCGCCUUGCGGCUGCGGUGGCGGCGCGGGCUAGCCAGGCGGCGCCGGCGGGUGCGGGUACGGGUGCGGGUGCGGCGCUUCUGAACAGCACCAUGGAUAGCAGCAGUGUGACGUCCAGCGACAUGCAGCUGGCGCAGCAGCUGUCCUUCACCAGCAACGUGCUGGCCACGCGCGUCAGGAGCCGGCUGAGGCACGAGGGCUAUCUGUGAGGCUGUGAGGCACGAGCCCCUUACCUGGGAGGCAAGGGGGCAGGGCUACCUAUGAGGCAGGAGGGCUACAUGUGAGGCAGCAGGGCUACCUAUGAGGCACGAGGGCUACCUGUGAGGCAGGCGGGCAGGGCCGCAGGCGGUGGGCCCACAGGGGCUGGGGCGGGCGGGCGUGGCGGGGCGGGCGUGGCGGGGCGGGCAUGAGGCCUUGAAAGGCAGGGUCGUCUGGGGCUGCCGAAGCCUGCUGGCGCUGACGUGUGCCGAGGGUUCCUGUGUGUGUGUUGCCCGCGCCGCUGAAUCGCUUGCGAGUGUGUCGGUUGUCCGUUUCAGCCCAGUCCAGCCCAUGCGCUGGUCAGCGCAUGGAUCUAAGCAGUUGCUGCGUCGUGUACAGACGGACGCGGGUAUGCAGCCGGGCUGCUGGCCGCCUUGCACAUUGCUGGACGACGACAUGCACGAAAAAUGUGGUUGAUUGCGGCUUGCGCUGCCUUCCCGUUAACCCUUGCUGACGCUUCACUCUGGUAAUAUACGCGGGAGGCCGGGGCACAGACUUGUUGCUGUCGGUGCGUACUGAUAGGGGAAUGUUAUAUCCAAUUCACUUCGGCCUGACUUAUGUGACGCACGCCGCAACGUGUGACGAGCAAUAUGACACUGUAUUCUAGGGACGGCACGAACUGGCUCUUAUAGGUUCUGAGGAGGAAAUGUGAGGGACGCAUGCGACGGUGCCAGUACGGCAAGGACCGGUCUAGAUCAGAACGGGCGUAUACUGUUGCCGGCACUGUGAGUCCCGACACUGGUUGAGGAAUGAGAAGGUCCGGAAGUCGUUUCCAUGUGCAUAUGGAUGGUCCGGGGGGGGGGCGUUGUCCUGGUGCCCAUGUGCGCGUGUAGGGGACAGCAGGAUCAGGGUAGGGGAAGUGUGCGGCUGGGUUGAGAAGGGUGUGGGCGAUCCGGACGCCGGCGGCAUUGGGCGAUGGGUGUAUCCGUGAGCAAG